CCAGUUAGACUAAACGAAGAAGAAGCAGCGAGUCGUGGUUCAGGUCUGGAUUCGGAUUCUGGUACUGCAGCGAUGGUCCAGACAUGCUCGGCUUACGGCUGUAAGAACCGGUACCACAAAGACAGAAACAUCUCCUUCCACAAAUUUCCUCUGGCGCGUCCGGAUGUUUGUGGAAAGUGGGUGGCGGCGAUGAGGAGGAACAAUUUCAAACCAACUAAGUACAGCAACAUCUGCUCGCAGCACUUCACUAAAGACUGCUUCAAGCGAGAGUGCAACAACCGCGUGCUGAAGGAAAACGCCGUGCCGUCGCUUUUCACCUUUAACCUCAACGUCAAGCCUGGAUCUCUGGAGGAUCGUUUCCACCCUGAGAUCCAUUUCCCCCUCGCUCUGUCUCUGACCUCUGACCCCAGAGUCAAUGGGGAGGAGUCUGAGCCCAGGCGGAGCCAGGUUGACUAUCGCAGUGACACGGCAGCAGUCUCUUGCGAUCACAACUACACAGCUGAAGACUCUGCUCGGCUGAAGACGCGCAUCGAGCAGCUGGAGGAGCAGCUGGUGCGCAUGCGAAAGAAGCUGAAGACCACGCAGCAGAAAUGUCGGCGGCAAGAGCGGCAGCUGAAGAGGAUCAAAGCUGCGUGUGAGGCGGCGGCGUGUAGUGAGGGAUACAUCGUUUUACCCAAACACAUCUACCACACACUCAAAGGCAACGAGUAACAGAGAUGUGACUAGAUGUAGGCGUGGCUAAAAGUCAGUGGAGCAUAAUGUUGCACAGACUUCAGGUGGCUGUAAAGUUUACCAUGAUGAAGAACUCUGUCACGAGAUAGGACUUGCUGUGAUGCCAUGUUUAGCGAGACAGCUCACUGAGUUACAGUAAUCUGGGGGAAAAAAAAAAAACAAGCUGAUGACAUCAUUCACCUAAUGUGACAGCGAAAUCAUUGUUGCAACUGGCUGAUUUCCACCAGGUUGCAAUGAUACGAGGACAUUUUAUUGGAGUUCAGCCAUUAAGGAAUAGAAAGGUUAUGAUAAAUUUGUCUAAAACACAAAAGAGUCGAGUGAGGGAAGCUACCACGACACCCGUACCAGUGGCUGUGGCUGGAGACUCUUGUGGCUGCGGCUGGAGACUCUUGUGGCUGCUGCUUCUCCUGUCACAACUACAUGUGAGAGUGGAUCUCGGUCACGGGAAAUCUGAGACACUGCCAGCUUCAACUUUUUUAUGUAAUAAAUAUAUAUUUAAAGCACAAAGGGAGUGUGGACCUUUUUUAUUUAAGGCUAAUUUAAAAAAAUAAACCGGACUGGAUUUAACUGCAGCUGUUUUCACUUCCUAGCUGGUGACUUCAGUUUGUCUCUAAUAGUUUUCAUAGACUGGCGUCCUUUAAAAGAGGAGUUGUGUGCACAGAGUCACCCGUCAAAGGGGCCAGAUUCAGGGUUUCUUACAUGCAUUUGGUGAUGAUGAGCAGCAGGUGGCACUGUAGGGCUGUGAUGGAGUGAAGGUCUCCUUUAGUUUCUCCUGUGUUUAGGGUGGUUCUGGAAUGAAGUCUGUUUUUGGAGAUAAAAGCCUUGGCGGCAGCAGAGUUACUCCCACAGAGUGUUAAUCCCACCUUCAAGUUUCGGAACAAGGACACGGACUGAGGAGUUGUUUGAGAUUCUGUGUUUGACUUCCUUUUUGUCCUCAUGGUCCUGUGAGGUACAUGUGUUGGGACUAACCCAAAGACACAGCUAACCUGUUUUCCUAAUCUGAUGUCAGGGGUCAAAGGUUGGGGACUUUCAUAUUCUGAGACUAGAGAAAAACUGUUUCAUUGUUCUGUGACAGCAAAAA